AUGAGUUCCCAAUUGAAAGAGGGUGACGAGCCCACAAAGUCUUCACUCGAUGCAUCCCACCUCGAAGUCGUCGGCAACACCAAUGAGCUGUUGGAUGUUGCUGAGCGAGUGGCGGAAAUCCGCUGCAGUCCCUGGACCAAGAGCAUGUUUCGGCUUUACGGAUGUCUGCUCAUUUCCUACUUCUGCGGGUGCCUAAAUGGCUUCGACGGCUCCCUAAUGGGCGGGCUAAAUGCCAUGAGCUCCUACCAGGACACUUUCAAUACCGGAACCACAGGUUCGCAGGUUGGGUUCAUUAUGGCCGUCUACAAUAUAGGUUCCGUGGCAGCCAUACCCUUCACUGGCCCCAUCAACGAUUAUCUUGGACGACGUGCGGGCAUGCUCGCCGGUGCUGCUCUGAUCAUCCUCGGUACAUGUAUACAGGCACCCGCCCAUAAUAUUCAGAUGUUCAUCGGCGGCCGGUUUAUUCUCGGGUUUGGGGUCAGUUUCUGCUCCGUCAGCGCGCCAUGCUACGUCAGCGAAAUGUCUCAUCCUAAGUUUCGCGGAGUUCAAACCGGCCUAUAUAACUGCAUGUGGUGGCUCGGGUCCAUAAUUGCAAGCUGGACCAUAUACGGCUGUGCAAAAUGGGACAAUCCGUACGCCUUCCGGAUCCCGAUCUGGCUCCAGCUCUGUUCCUCGGUGAUUGUGGGAGUAGGAGUCUGGUUUAUCCCCGAAUCCCCUCGGUGGCUCAUCGCGCACGGCAAGAUAGAGCAAGCACGGGCAGUUCUAGCAAGGUAUCAUGGUGAGGGCUCGGAGGAUCACCCUAUUGUUCGCCUGCAAAUGGUGGAGAUGCAGCACACGAUCCGCCGCGAUGCGUCCGAUAAGAAAUGGUGGGACUAUAAGGAACUCAUCAGCACUCACUCCGCACGCCGCCGACUUGUGUGUGUACUAGGAAUGGCCUGCUUUGGCCAACUCAGUGGGAACUCGGUCACUGGAUACUACCUACCUGUCAUGCUCGCAAAUGCCGGCAUAACAUCCGAAGACACCCAACUGUUGAUUAACGGUCUUAACCCGGUCAUAUGCUUUAUUGCUUCUAUUCUGGGCGCCCAGUUCUGUGACAGGAUCGGACGAAGACCGAUACUCCUGUGGUCCAUUGGGUUUUGUUCCAUCUGCUUUGCCGUUAUUACAGGAACAUCAAAGGCCGCCAUUGAGGGCAACACCACGGCGGCUUACGGCACCAUUGUAUUUGUGUUUCUCUUUGGUGCUGUCUUCUCAUUUGGGUGGACUCCGCUGCAGACAAUGUAUAUCGUGGAGACCCUGACGACGACUACACGGGCCAAGGGCACUGCAAUCGGCAACCUGGCCUCCGCCGCCAGCAGUGUGGUGAUACAGUACUCCUCUGGCCCGGCUUUCGCUGACAUUAGUUAUUACUUCUAUCUCUUCUUCGUCUUCUGGGAUAUCUUUGAGGGAGUCUUCAUCUUCUUUUUCUUCCCCGAGACCAAGGACAGAACCCUGGAAGAAAUGGACGAAAUAUUUGAGGCACGAAACCCAGUCAGUAAGAGUCUGGAGAAGCGGAGCACCGACACUGUAUUCAACACGGUCGGUGCCAGCUCUGUGCAAACAGCGUAG